AUGGCCACCGUACUUGUGUUUUUUGCACUGAAAAAUAGAAAAGUUUUACUGUCCGUCAAAAGUGAGCAACACCAGCUCCCACCCGGGCCUCCCACGCUGCCCUUCAUCGGCAACAUUCACCAGAUGAUGUGGAACAAGCCGGCCGUAUUCCAGUGGAUCCAUCGCCUGCUCCAGGAGAUGGACACAGACAUCAUGUGCCUCCGUCUCGGAGCCAUUCAUGUCGUCGCCGUGACAUGCCCGGAGAUAGCAUGCGAGGUGCUGCGGAAGAAGGAUGAGGUGCUGGCCUCCCGUCCGGCAACCUUUGCAUCGGGUUCGUUCAGCUUCGGGUACAAGGGCACCAUCGUGACACCACAUGGAGUGCAGUGGAAGAAGAUGAGGCGCGUCCUCACCUCGGAGAUCCUCACCGCGUCCAUGGAGCAGAAACUCCAUCAUCUCCGGCAGGAGGAGUGUGACCACCUCGUGACGUACAUCAACAACACCUGCAUGUCAUGUCCAAACAGCCUAGUCGACGUGCGACAUGUUGCCCAACAUUUCUGUGGUAACAUGAUAAGAAGGCUCGUGUUGGGUAAGAGAUACUUUGGCAGCGAGCUGCCGGGUUCGUCAGCUAGCGGACCCGGACAUGAUGAGAUGGCACAUGUCGCCGCUCUCUUCACGCUCCUCAACUAUCUCUACAACUUCUGCGUGUCCGACUACUUCCCAGCUCUCGUAGGGCUUGAUUUGGAGGGCCAUGAGAAGGUUUCCAAUGAUGUCAUGGGAAUACUCAACCGGUUUCAUGACCCCAUCAUUGAGAAGAGGAUCAUCGAAAGGUCGAAUCUUCGGAAUGGUGGUGAAAGCAAAGAGGCCAGAGACUUUCUGGACGUGCUGGUUUAUCUAGAUGAUGCAGAUGGCCAACCAUUGUUGUCCGUGGAUGAUAUCCGGGCACAGAUAGUGGAAAUGAUGUAUGCAACAAUCGACAACCCAUCAAAUGCUGUCGAGUGGGCGCUCGCUGAGAUGGUGAACAAGCCAGAGGUGAUGAAAAAAGCAACUGAUGAAAUCAACGCCGUUGUCGGUAAAGAUAAACUAGUCCAGGAGUCUGACAUUCCACGACUAAACUAUCUCAAGUCAUGCAUCCGAGAGGCUUUCCGCAUACACCCAUACCAUGCUUUUAACCCACCCCAUGUCGCCAUGGUAGACACCACUAUCGCUGGCUACACCAUCCCUAAGGAUAGCCAUGUCAUUUUAAGCCAGAUGGGACUUGGUCGGAACCCCAAGAUCUGGAACGAACCACUUGAUUUUCAGCCCGAGAGGCAUUUGAAUACCGCAAAUGUGCUCCUCAGUGAACCAGGACUGCGUUUUAUUUCAUUUAGUAGUGGGAGGAGGGGUUGUCCCGGAAUUUCACUUGGUACCUCAGUCACAGUGAUGUUGUUUGCGAGGAUGUUGCAGGGAUUCACCUGGACGAAGCCCCCUGGAGUUGACAGAAUCAGUCUCCAAGAAAGCAAUACCGGCGCCCUUGCCUUAGCUGAACCCCUGAUUCUGCAAGCUAAACCACGGCUGGCCGCACAUCUCUAUGAGAAAAUUUAA